AUGAAUAUCCCACGCAACGAGAAGGACUCGAUGAAGUCCACCUGGCGGAAGAUGGACCGUAGAGAGUGGACCUUUUUUCACUGGCUUUUCGAGAUUCUUCGUAUCCACCCUGUUGUUCUUGACAAAGAGGUCCCUGUCCACCCCAAGACGGAUAAGGUGCCCUACUUGCCGGAGUGGCAUCAGCAUCGAUGGGUGUUGAUCCAUUCGUUCAUCCCACUCGCCAUCCACCAGCUCUAUUUCUCCUACACGGGUCGGAACUUUCCAGUGCUUGGCGCCUUGGUUUUCUAUAGUUUUGCAUUCAAGUUCAUCGCUAUCCAUGAAAUGCACGCUCUGCGCCGCAUCGGACACCAGGUAGGGUUUCUGGAUGGCGACGUGCACGAACGUGACGGUGUGCCCGAUGCUGGAGUUCGGAAGGUGGCUAGCUCGCUCAUCUCGACUUCAACUUUCCGUCCUGUCUUCACUGUGUUUCUCAGCUAUCGUGUGAGCCAGCCUCCUUCCGCUACGAAUUGGUACUGGCUCCCCCUUGAGAUGGGACUGUACGGGAUCAUUUUGGACUUUUGGUAUUACUGGUACCACCGAUUGAUGCAUGAGAUCAAUGGCCUCUGGAAGUACCAUCGUACGCACCACCUUACCAAGCAUCCCAAUCCUCUCUUGACCCUGUACGCGGAUUUCGAACAAGAGAUCUUCGAUAUUGCCGGCAUCCCACUCAUGACAUACUUUACGAUGAAGCUAAUGGGAAUGCCCAUGGGCUUUUACGAGUGGUGGAUUUGUCACCAGUACGUGGUAUUCGCCGAACUCGCAGGCCACAGCGGAUUGCGCAUGGCUGCCAUCCCACCAAACACGCUGAGUUGGUUCUUGCGACUAUGUAAGGCAGAACUGAUCAUUGAAGACCACGAUCUGCACCAUCGAUUCGGAUGGAAGAAGAGUGGGAACUAUGGCAAGCAGACCCGACUGUGGGAUCGCGUGUUUGGCACAUGUCGUGAACGCGUCGAGUGUGACGAGAAGAAUAUUGAUUAUGUGAAUACAGUAUCUCUGCCU